AACUCCUCUGUGCCUCAUAGGAAACCGUUAUUUACGCCAACGUUAUUUACGCACACGUCAGUUUUCGGUGUUGUUUAGCGUUUAAAUCGAUAGUGAAAAUGUCUAACUCAGUGAUUUCAGUAAUUUCCAGGUUUUUGGAGGAAUAUGCGUCCAGCACGCCGAAUAAACUGAAAGUGGUAGACGCGUAUCUUCUUUAUAUCAUGAUGACAGGGGCGCUGCAGUUUCUCUAUUGUUUAUUAGUCGGGACGUUUCCGUUCAACAGCUUUCUAUCUGGUUUCAUAUCGUGCGUUGGAUCGUUUAUUCUCGCAGUGUGUCUGAGAAUCCAGAUUAAUCCUCAGAAUAAAGGCGAGUUCUUGUCCAUCUCUCCAGAGAGAGCCUUUGCUGACUUCCUGUUCGCCCACACUGUACUUCAUUUGGUUGUUAUUAAUUUCAUUGGUUAAGUGUCCACGUGUGCUGAUAAAAAGAUAGAUUGAGGAAUGACCAAACCUGGAAUGCGAAUGCAUCUUACAGGAAGCAGAGAAGAAAAUUUAUGUAUUUUCUCCCAUCCGCUGACAUGCAGCACCUGCAAACCUUAUCAAAUUUUCCAACACUGCAUGUGACAAAUCCCGAAACUGGCCAAUGCUACUUGACAACUAAACAAUAUUUUGGGCCCUGUUGCCUCCCAAUAAUCAGACUGAAGAGUAUUCAGUCUGUGUAAUAUAUUUUCUUUUCAUUCAAACAAACAUGUUUGUACAUGUUUCAUUAUCAGUGUUAUAUAGAUAUAUAUUUUUUGUUUUAUUAAAAAAUAAAUUAUAAUAAACCA